AUGGCAACCGCGCUCUGCCCGCUCCGCAGCCUCGGCCGCGCCGCGCUACGGCCCCGCGGCCGCCGCCUCCACCUCAGCGCGCCCAGAGAUGAUGCGGUUGUGAUUUCUGGAAGGAAGCUGGCCCGGCAGAUCAGGCAGGAAGCCCGUCACGAGGUUGAGCAGUGGGUAGCGGCUGGAAACAAGAGACCUCACCUCAGCGUUGUUCUCGUCGGUGAAAACCCAGCGAGUCACUCCUACGUACUGAACAAAACCAAAGCGGCGGCUGACGUCGGAAUCAGCAGUGAAACCAUCCUCAGGCCGGCUUCUGUUACUGAAGAGGAGCUACUGGAUUUGAUCAGCAAACUCAAUAACGAUGCCAAUGUGGAUGGCUUGUUAGUGCAGCUUCCUUUACCCGAACAUAUCGAUGAGCGCAAGAUUUGCAACGCUGUGACUCCAGACAAAGAUGUUGAUGGCUUCCAUGUAAUAAACGUGGGGCGCAUGUGCCUCGACCAGUACUCCAUGCUGCCGGCUACCCCGUGGGGGGUGUGGGAGAUCAUUAAGAGAACUGGCAUCCCAACGCUGGGGAAGAACGUGGUGGUGGCUGGCAGGUCGAAGAACGUGGGCAUGCCCAUCGCCAUGUUGCUGCAUACGGACGGCAGGCACGAGCGCCCGGGAGGUGACGCCACAGUCACAAUAUCCCACCGCUACACUCCCAAGGAGCAGCUGAAGCAACACACGAUCCGCGCUGAUAUCGUGGUGGCGGCAGCAGGCAUACCCAAUCUGAUCACAGCCGAUAUGAUCAAAGAAGGAGCUGCAGUUAUUGAUGUGGGAAUAACGAGAGUGCAGGAUCCUGUCACUGCCAAAUCGAGGCUGGUUGGGGAUGUGGAUUUUGAAGGGGUGAAGAAGAAAGCCAGCUACAUCACGCCGGUCCCUGGGGGAGUUGGGCCCAUGACAGUUGCCAUGCUGAUGAAGAACACCAUCAUCGCGGCCAAGAAGCUGUUGAAACCCAAAGAGCUGGAAGCGUUAACAGCUUAACGUGGGACUCCCUUUAGCACUGAAAACGACAUUCCAAACUGACUCCCAAACAGGCCGAUAGAAAAUGCAAUAUUUUUAUUUAUUGUAUUGGAAGUGGAAUUUCCUAUUCUGAGGUCAUAGGUAUUUAUUGGAAGCUGAAGCAUAUGCACGUUGGUCAUACUAAGGUGUAAUCAUCUAUGCUCCUGGCCUACUCGUGCUAGCAAAGCUGCUUUAUGUUUAAGCUAGCUCUUCUAGGAAGCCGGCCCUGCUCUUGCAGGGACUAGGCAGGGGUCGGGAUCCUGGGCGCGCAGCUCCCCUGGGAGCUCGGUGUGGCGUUCGCAGUCCCGUGGGAGGUAGAGCGCUGCUCCACGGUGCAAAAGCAAUGGCCUUCAUGGUUCUGAUCUCACAAAUGCUCAGUCUGCCCGGACUGCUCGCGUUUGACUCGCGCUGAAGUCUUCUACUCAACGCUGGAUGUUUAGUUUGAGUUAAGCUCUUCUGUAGAAGAAGUUACUUGAAGAAAAAAAAAAAAAGCCAUAUGUCUGCUCUCGGCCUGCGCCAGGCCCUGGGCAGUGGCAGAUCUGUUGUAACAUGUUCUUCUAGUGUGCAGCUAAGCUGGUUUUUUGCUAUUUGGAUGGUGAUAUUUUUUUUUAAAAGCCUUUUUUUUUUUUCUAACCAAAGAACAAGGGGGUGGGGGCUCUUGGUGUCUACACGGGGCACACAGGAGGUUGCCUGGACUGUAUUGUAAAGUGUGCAAGUACUUAGUGAAUAAGGCAGGCUAACUCUAAAUAAAGUACGAGAAGACAAAAAAA